AAAUGUGCAAAUGAAUACAACGUAUAUCUCACUGUAAUUCAUGGGCCGGCAUGUAGUGAUGAUCUCCAGGUUGUGGGACGUCUGGCAUCAUAUAAGGGAAUCCCAUUAUUGACGGGUUUAGGUGAUGUGAUUAGUGGCGAGCGAUCCACUUAUAGCACAUUGAUUCGGGCCUCAUAUGACCUCUGGGAUGAGGCCCGGGCUAUACUGGCCUUCCUAUCACACCUCAAUUGGUAUCACUUCGGACUGAUCUACCGUCAGGGGGACGUCUACUACCAAACACUUGCCGAGCAAUUGCUUAGUUUGUUGACUAAACCAGAAUAUUCCGAUCGUUUCGACUGUACGUGCAAAGACGUGUACGUCCGAGACAUCAAUAAAACCAUUUUGACUGAUUUGGACAAAAAAUGGGAAAUAAACAUAAAAGCAGAUUAUAAUGACCUGAAUGGCAAUGUCGAUGGCGGGCCCGAUGUGAACCAAAUCGAAACGAAUGGUUGGACUCCUUUCGACCAUAAGAAGGCCCACAUUAUAGCUAUGGUUCACAUAAUUCUUGGAAUAUUGUAUUCUUUUCUCAAUCAAAAUGAGAAAAGUUGUCAAAAGAAAGUGAGAAUCUGUUCGUAA